UUUAAUAGGGCUCAGUCUUCUGAUUGUUGGGAAUGUUUCUCACUCUCAGAAAGGGAGCUUGGCCGGAUAGGUAUAUGAGAGAGAGGCUUUUGGUUUUUAUAAAGUUAUAAAGAGAUGUUUGGACGAUAUCGGAGAUGAUUCUCAACAAUAUUUUUACAUGAAUUUUAGAAUGAGGAAAGAGAAGAAGACAUGGAUGGUAACAUUAGAAAAACCUGAACCAGACUCUGGUCCACUGAUUGUGAGCAAAGUGAAGAAAUCAACAAGAACUAUGAAGUCAAAGGAGAAGAUCAAAGAGACAAACAGCAGGUCCACCUCAAACAAAGGUCCGACUACAUGUGAGACAUCAGGGAAGAUAUUGAGGCUUUGUGUCGACUUAAUGUCUGUUUUGGCCUCAGCUAAGGAGCCUGUGGAGGAGGAAGAGACAGAAGAAGGCAACAGCUGCCAAAGUGAAAAGGAAGCAGAAAACAGCAGCAAGAAAGAGCCAUCUGUCUGCAAAUCAGAGGAACAGAAACACGAUUCUGGAGAUUCUUAUUUAGGAUUAGCUUCGAGAGGAACAACAGAAACCAAACCAUCAGUGAGUCCUCGGUUUGUGCUGCCGCCAAUGACUCAACUAAAAGCAGCUCCUGGGUGCUGUGAAUGUCAGAAGAUUAAGAGGAGUCACACACCACUUCCUCCCAUCGUUUCAUGCCCGCAAGAAACACACAUCUCUGGAACCGUUACAACAAACGACUGUAGAAGUGAUGGAGCAGGUAGAGAAGUGUCAGACAGCAGGCCCUGGAUAGACAAUCCUCUGUUCUCUAAAAGUAGGUCUGCUGAGUUCCGUCUUCCUGACAUCUCCCUGUCUAGCCUGGACGCUCUGCUGCAGACAGUCACUCAGAAACUGGGGAGGAAGAGGAGAGGCACUGAUGAAGCUCUGUGGAGACCAGUCCAGUCUGACAGCCUCCUAUUGGCUGUUAGAGAACAACAUUUCAGAGAGACGAGCGUCAGACAGCAGGAUGGAAACGUAGCUAAACUAGGAGCUGUUCCAGAAGCAUCAGCUGGUGGCUGCAGAGUGAACAGACAGAGGCUCCCUCCACUUUUUCCUGCAGUCAAACCUCCACUGAUCCUCACCAUGACCAAGAGAAACUUCCUGACUUCCAACACGCUGCAAUGACUUGACAAAAAAACAACAACAAA